AUGUCAAAAGAAGAAUUUAAUAGUGAACCUAGUAAAUUAGAUGAAAUACAUUUAAAAGACGCCUUAGCUCACAAUAAAGCUCUGCAUUUUACAUCCAGGUAUAUGUACUUAACGCUAUGGGGAGACGAAGUCUCAAAUCAAACACAAUUCAAAGAGAUAAUAGAUAGAAUAGCCGGGGCAACAAAUAAUGUACAAUAUGCCCAUAUCUCUCCAGUUGAAAUUGAUGAAACGAAUCCAAAGCCACAUCAACACUUAUUGAUUGUAACUAAAAGACCCAAAUCAUUCAAAGCAAGACCAAUUAUAAAUCAUGCAGAUGGAACUAAGCAGACAUUUUGGUAUACGCGGGUGAAUUCAUACACCUCAAGAACUGGUGAUAUAUCCGCAAUUAUUAAGUACAUAACAAAGAAAGGUGCUGGCAUGUUUAAGGGAGAUCCUUCAAAUAAAGAAGACUUGAAGCAGACAUGGGUUAAUGCUCUAACAGAUCUAGAUUCUUAUCAAGACUACAAUGAAUUAGAAAAAAAUUUACUAAGUAUAAAUGCUGAAAAAUAUAUCCAGCAAGAGGGCAAGAUUAAAGCUCGCUGGAUGCGCAAGAACGCUAGAAGAUUAGACGUAGAACAAUAUACAAGAACAGACUUAUUCCCAUGGAAAGAAGAUAUGGAGGAAAUACAAACGAUCCGUAAAUGGUUACGCUGUGCACAAGGGGACAAAUAUAGAAUGGGAAAUCUAUUCAUUGUAGGUCCAACCAAGACAGGAAAAACCGAAUUCGCUAUCCAAGAAAUAUUUCUAAAAUAUAAUACCUUUAUGUUAAGAGGAGACUCUCUCUUCGAUGCAUAUGAUGAUGAACAAAAUUAUAAGUUUAUAUUAUUUGAUGAUAUAAAUUAUGAUAGAAAUCUAAUUAGACUUAUUAAAGCAAUUACAUCAACCAUUAAUAAAAAAACAAUGGUAAAUAUUAAGUACUCUAAAGCAAUAGUUACUGCGAGACCUUGUAUUCAUUUAUUAAAUCAAAAAGAGUACGAAGGAGUUGUAGAUCUCAUGAAAUACAAUGGCGGGUAUAGUUGGUGGAAAAGGAAUUCUUUAACAGUUUUUAUUGAUAAAAAAUUGUAUAAAGAUCCAACGGAAUCUGAAAAAGAUUCAGAAGACAUGGAACAACAGGAAGAGAAUUACAAUGCAUUAGAAGAUCUCCAAGAUAAAUAUGAUGAAAUAAAAGACAUGCCAGAAGAUCAAGAAUCAGAAGACAUAAGCCCUAUUGAGCACCUUUCUUUUUACUCAAGAGUAAUGAAUCUAAUGGAAUCAUUAGGUUAUAAUGAAGAACAAUUAGAAGAAUUAAAUAAGAAGAUGAAAGAAGCCAAAAAAGAUAAGAAACUGAACAGAAUGUUGAACGAGUCACAAGAGAAUAAUAGUAGCAUAAUGGAAGAGUGGAACGAUGAUUUAGAAAAUUACCAGCUUGACAACCCAUUAGGUAUGAAUAAAAAAGACUUUGAACAUUUUGAAAGAGAGAAUAUGACAUCCUAUGAAAAACAAAGAAGUAAAUAUUUCAACAACACGCCCAAUGACAAUACUAUGGAAGAAGAAGACUAUGAUGAUGAUGAUGAUUAUUCCAAUGGACCAUUAGAACACACACCUUUUGGAGGGAAAAAUGAUGAUAUAGACAUAAUAUAUGACUAA